AUGUCCAAUCCCAACGAAAAUGAGUAUGACAGUGUUAGCGAUAUAUCCGAAAUUAGUCCCGAAUCUGAUGUACUCGCUCCCGUUCAAAAGAGAAUUGAAGAGCAGCUUAAAAAGCAUCUUCUGGAACUAAACCAGCAACUUAAUGAAGCAAACAAUGAAUUUAAGGCGGUUCACACGGAGCGCGAAAGCUGUGGUGCGAAUUUAUACAACGCCCAGCAGCAUCUUGCUCGGCUCCAAGAGAAUUUUGAAAAGUACAAUGAAAGCCAUGCAGCCAUUCAAGCUGAAUAUGAAGAAAAGUUUAGAGAGCGGGAAAAGUUGUCAAGUAUUACAGAUGCAGCCCAACGAAAGACUGAAGAUAUGCAGAAGCGGUAUAACAAGCUUCAGGGCGAGCUUGCAAAGUUAACUGAGACUGUCCUCAAGGUAGAGGAAUUCAACGAGCAUUUGAAGGGUGAAAUGGAGCUUGAGCGACGAGCCGCCCAUAAGACUGAAGAUGAUGUAGCUGUUUUAGAGAAGGCAAAGUUGCGCCAGGACGCGCUCGUUCUAUCACUGGAGGAGCGUAUUCAUUCGUUUGAAGAGCAGUCAGCUUCUCUGAGUGAACAAAUCGAAGCUCAACGAAAAGAAACAAAAGUUGCCCGAGAUACACUUGCUGAAGCGAUGGGUGAGAUAGAAGCAAUCAAUGUUGAAAAAAAGCAGCUUGCCCAACAAUGGAAAAGUUCACUGAUAGGUAUUCAACGCCGGCAUGAUGCCAUGAAAAAGACAGAAGAGGCUCUUCAUGCACAAAAGGAAGCUUUGCAGACCCUUGAAAACGAAAUUAGUCGUUAUCGGUCUGACAUUCGCAAAGAGCAAGCUGAGAACGGGAAGCUGAAUGAAUUUGCAUCGCGGGUAGAUAAUGAAAUAAUUGUGCUCGAGAAGCAAAUGGAUAUACUGUUUGAGAAGCGCGACAAGACUUCGGAGAGCUAUUCCCUCAUCAAAUCGAGUGUAGAGAAAACUGAGGGUGAGAUCACGCUUCUGGAGCAGCAGCUCAAAAUCAAGUCUAAAGAAGUCGAUGAACUGAAUAAGCACAUCCUGAAGCAUGACAAUGCCGUAAAGUCAAUGGAAGGUGAGGUUCUGAAGUACCUUACUGAACAAACGUCGUUGAAAAAGGGAAGUCAAGACAUUUUGAGAGAGAUUGAAAAGAUAAAGGACACUAUUAACACGAAGGAAAUUCAAAUUACAAACAUGGAAAAUGAGCUUGCGCGAAUCAGAGUGGAUUACUUGCAGGCGAAUGCAUAUAAUGAGACCCUCCAAGAAACCCUAGAGGGGCUUGAAGUUGAGUUGCAGUCACGCGGUGCACUUAUAGAGAAGAUGCAGCAAGACAUUCGACGUCGCAAUGAUGACAUUGACCGCAAGCAAAAGCGUCUGGAUCAGCUCAAUCAACAAUAUGAACAAAUCAUGAGUGCUCACACUGGUGAAACCGGCGAACACGUUGGUCCUCUUGAAGCCACUAUUAGUAGUCUUUCUAAGGCGAUUUCAGAGAGAUCCAAAGAAAAUGAAGUACUCCAACAGGAAUGGAUCAAGUUGCAAACCGAGCUGGUUGAUUACAAUAUCACUAUGAAUGAAAUCAAUGAGGCAAUUCUUGAUUACCAAGCCAAGAGCACAAUUUUAGCACAGAAAAGAGAUCGACUCGCCUCUGCUAUCCAGCUAAAAAGGCAGGAGAUUGCGUCAUUAGCUAGCAAAUCAGAAGCCAUGCAUGUCGAAAUGAAGCGAGUUAAUACAAUGCUAGUUAAAAAUGUUGAAACUACAAAAAACACUGUCAAUGAUGCAUUUCUCUUGGAGAACGAACUCCUCAAGCGUUUAGAGGAUAAGAAACGCGAUGCCCUUCAGCUUGAGUGGAAAGUUGAGGCGGCUCGACAGGCUAAGGCUGAUAUUCUUCAACAAAUAUUAGAUUGCGAACGCGAUAUCUUAUUCUGGGAAAGAAAACUUCAAAUAGCGCGUGAGACCGAAAUCGCCCUUGAUCCUUCCAUUGGACGAGCAGAGAUUGAAAAAAUGAAGAAAGAGAUUCUUUUUAUGGAGGAACGCUUGGCCCAACUUCAACGUGAGCAGAAGUUUCUGAUUGGUGAAAUGCAAAAGCUUAUCGACCAUCGGGAAGUCAUCCGUAUGAAGGGAAAGGCCGUUCUAAAUGCUACCCACUCUCAAAAGCGUGGCGCCACCCGCCUUGGGGUGGAAAAGGAAAAUGCUCAGCUGUUUAAAGAAUUAAACGGUAAACGACAAGAAUCUCAGGCUAAGGAAAAACUGGUAAAGGAAACCUUAGCUGAAAUGGAAAAAACGGUGACAGAGGUGGAUCAGACCAAACGUGAGAAUGAAGAGCUGAAUGGGCAGAUAGAGGCGUAUCGAAGACAAUUGGCUUCCAUUAGAAAGGAAAAAGGGCAUAUAGAUGACGAAAAGCGACUGAAACAAAACACUUACCAACGGCUGCGCGAAGCUGAAAGGGGCUCGUACAAGCUUACCUGCUAUCCUGAGGAUACAGAAGCCGAGGAGUCGCGUUUGGAGGAGGGCAGACAAAAUACGAUCCGGAUUAUGGAGGAACUUUCUGACCAGUUCCCCGAACUCACUUCAGAACUUCAAGAUCUUAUGGGGUGUGUAUAG